AACCAGGAAGUGGCAACAUCAGCAUGAUCAACACACACACAGAGAGAGAGAGAAAGAGAGAGAGAGACACACACACACACACACGUUGGGCGACACACAAACUCCGUCAGUUGGAGAAGAGUCCACGCAGCAGCAGAUUUGGAUGACCCCGCCUCCAGCAGGAGAGACAGCGGCGUGAGAACAGCUCGCCGUCACCCCCCCGAAACCCACCGCCGCCAUGCCGCCGCCCGCCGACACCGUCAAGGUGGCCAUCGAGUGGCCGGGCGCCUUCCCCAAACUGAUGGAGAUUGACCAGAAAAAACCUCUUUCCGCCAUCAUCAAAGAAGUGUGUGAAGGGUGGUCUUUAGGGAACCAUGAGAACUUUGCCCUGCAGAUUGCUGACAACACCAACUUCUACAUCACGGAAAAGAACCGCAGCGAGGUGAAGAACGGCUCCAUCCUGCGCCUGACCACCUCUCCUUACCAGACGGCCGUGCAGCUCCACGAGCGCAUCCAGUCCUCCAGCAUGGACGCCAAGCUGGAGGCCCUGAAGGACCUGGCCAGCGCCUCGCGGGACAUCACCUUCGCCAUCGAGUUCAUCAACCUGGACGGCAUCUCCCUGCUCACGCAGAUGGUGGAGAGCGGCACCGAGCGCUAUCAGAAACUCCAGAAGAUAAUGAAACCCUGUUUUGGCGACCUGCUCUCCUUCACGCUGACGGCCUUCGUGGAGCUGAUGGACCACGGCAUCGUCUCCUGGGACACUUUCUCUGUGACCUUCAUCAAGAAGAUCGCCAGCUACGUGAACAAGUCAGCCAUGGACACGGCCGUGCUGCAGCGCUCGCUGGCCAUCCUGGAGUCCAUGGUGCUGAACAGCCAGGAUCUGUACCACAAGGUGGCGCAGGAGAUCACCAUAGGGCAGCUCAUACCACAUCUUCAGGGGACGGACCAGGACAUCCAGACCUACACCGUCGCCGUCAUCAACGCCCUCUUCCUCAAAGCCCCCGAGGAGAGGAGACAAGAGAUGGCGCACAUCUUGGCCCAGAAGCAACUGCGCUCCAUCAUUCUCAGUAACGUGAUCCGGAGCCCUACGGCCAUCAACGAGGAGAUGGCCCACCAGCUGUACGUGCUGCAGGUGCUGACCUUCAACCUGCUGGAGGACCGCAUGAUGACCAAGAUGGACCCCCAGGACCAGGCUCAGAGGGACAUCAUCUUCGAGCUGAGGAGGAUCGCCUUCGACGUGGAGUGCGAGCCCAACAUGGAUAAGCGCAAGUCCAUGUACACGCGCGACUACAAGAAGCUGGGCUUCAUCAACCAUGUCAACCCAGCAGUGGACUUCACCCAGAUUCCUCCAGGAAUGUUGGCCCUGGACAACAUGCUCUACUUCGCCAGGCACCACCAGGACGCCUACAUCAGGAUCGUUCUGGAAAACAGCAGCCGAGAAGACAAGCACGAGUGUCCGUUUGGCCGCAGCAGCAUCGAACUCACCAAGAUGCUCUGCGAGAUCCUGAAAGUGGGCGAGCUUCCUGGAGAAAACUGCCAGGACUUCCAUCCCAUGUUUUUCACACACGAUCGCUCCUUUGAGGAAUUCUUCUGUAUUUGUAUUCAACUGCUCAACAAAACCUGGAAGGAGAUGAGGGCGACCAGUGAAGACUUCAACAAGGUCAUGCAGGUGGUGCGGGAGCAGGUCAUGCGAGCGCUCACCCUCAAGCCUAAUUCCCUGGACCAGUUCAAGAGUCGCCUGCAGAACCUGAGCUACACCGAGAUCCUCAAGAUACGCCAGUCUGAGAGGAUGAAUCAGGAGGACUUCCAGUCCCGCCCCAUCCUGGAGCUGAGAGAGAAGAUCCAGCCAGAGAUCAUGGAGUUGAUCAAACAACAGAGACUCAACAGACUAUGUGAAGGAACAUGUUUCCGGAAGAUCAGCAGUCGCAGGAGGCAAGACAAGUUCUGGUACUGCCGACUGUCUCCCAACCACAAAGUCCUGCACUACGGAGACCUGGAGGAGAGCCCCCAGGGGGAGGUGCCCCACGACUCCCUGCAGGACAAACUGCCGGUGGCGGACAUCAAGGCUGUGAUCACAGGCAAAGACUGUCCUCACAUGAAGGAGAAGGGCGCUCUCAAGCAGAACAAGGAGGUGCUGGAGCUGGCCUUCUCAGUCCUCUACGAGUCGGACGAGUAUUUAAACUUUAUCGCCCCGGACAAACAUGAGUACUGCGUGUGGACGGACGGUCUGAACGCCCUGCUGGGCAAGGAGAUGGCCAGCGACUACACCAAAUCCGACAUGGACACUCUGCUCUCCAUGGAGAUGAAACUCCGCCUCUUGGACCUCGAAAACAUCCAGAUUCCAGAGGCUCCGCCUCCCAUUCCCAAAGAGCCUAGCAACUAUGACUUUGUUUACGAUUGUAACUAGCCCUCCUCCCCCCCGCACAAGAUGAACUGUGAUGCCACCAAACAAUACAACCACCAGUUACCAUGGAGAUGAUUCCUUAAUCCUCUUUCUGCCUUUUUCUCUUAUGAUUUGUCCUCAGGGCUUUCAGUGCAGGUAGUGAUGGGGCAGCCAUCUUUGUUUAGUCCACACGCUUGUUGCUAUGUCCUGUCACGUCACACACAGACAGUAUUUGUGGCAGCUAAAUGUUACUCCUCACACAGCCGAAGUAUACACUCACUUCUUUUCCUGUCAGCUGACGACUGUUACGAUAUUUUGUUGUCCCGCCUACCAUCCUUCGUUUCAACAACUGCUGUACUCAACAUUCCUGAGCAAUAUUUUCUUUAUCGCGUCGUGAUCGCUUUCGACUGUGACUCCAUUUGCAAAGGGAAGCUUUAGAAUUUGAAAGUUAAUGUAUUUUUUUAAUUUAAAGACAUGAUUAUUUCUAGUAUGUUUUUUUUUAUAUAUAUAUAUAUACACAGUAUUUUACCCCCACAGUCACUUGCCCUCCCUUUGCCUUCCUAUUUAAACAUUUUCCCCCCACAACUGCUGUUUACAUUAAAGGUUGAAAGACUAAAGGCUGCCAGCUCCUUUCUUCUUUACGGCCAAUACAAAAAGUAUACCAAAUUAAACUUAGAUUUGAAAUAUUCUUUACAUUCUAAACGACAGUGACAAAUAUUGUCCAGUAAUUAAAUAAGUCACAGUGUUUUGUUACGUCACCAUCAGGCUAGCGUCACGCGUUGUCCAGGUCGGAAUGUUGGAGCUGCCGAACCUCUGAAGGCUUCAUACCUGCAAACGUUUAGUGACACGCACAUGAACAUUCUUGUAUUUGUGAUUGUUGUGCGGCACCACUCACAGUGCUGCGUGUCUGCGCCACUCGUCGUCGCUGAGGGACGGCCUGGUGACGUCCAGGGCGGCGUGCAGGUGCGCUGGACGUAGCAGGAUGCCCGGCUGUGUGGAGGCCGACUGGACCCACACCCGCUCCCCCUAAACACAUUGAACGGAAACAAAGUCACAGAUUCAGUCUCUGCAGGUUUAAACAAGUCAAAUGUAAAACCAUCUCAUUUCAAUACUGACAGAAAAGUACAAAGAAAUUAAAUAUUAAUUAGAGAUGUCCGAUAAUAUCGGACUGCCGAUAUCGGCCGAUAAAUGCUUUAAAAUGUAAUAUCGGAAAUGAUCGGUUUCAAAAAGUAAAAUGUAUGACUUUUUAAAACGCCGCUGUGUACACGGACCUAGGGAGAAGUACAGAGCGCCAAUAAACCUUUUAAGGCACUGCCUUUGCGUGCCGGCCCAAUCACAUAAUACCUAAGGCUUUUCACACACACAACUGAAUGCAAGGCAUACUUGGUCAACAGCCAUACAGGUCACACCGAGGGUGGACGUAUAAACAACUUUAAUACUGUUACAAAUAUGCGCCACACUGUGAACCCACACCAAACAAGAAUGACAAACACAUUUUGGGAGAACAUCCGCACCGUAACAAAACAAACACAUCAGAACAAAUACCCAGAACCCCUUGCAGCACUAACUCUUCCGGGACGCUACAAUAUACACCCCCGCUACCCACCCCCACCUCAACCUCCUCAUUCUCUCUCAGGGAGAGCAUGUCCCAAAUUCCAAGCUGCUGUUUUGAGGCAUGUUAAGAAUGCACUUUGUGACUUCAAUAAUAAAUAUGGCAGUGCCAUGUUGGCACUUUUUUCCAUAACUUGAGUCGAUUUAUUUUGGAAAACCUUGUUACAUUGUUUAAUGCAUCCAGCGGGGCAUCACAACAAAAUUAGGCAUAAUAAUGUGUUAAUUCCACGACUGUGUAUAUCGGUAUCGGUUGAUAUCGGAAUCGGUAAUUAAGAGUUGGACAAUAUCGGAAUAUCGGCAAAAAAGCCAUUAUCGGACAUCUCUAAUAUUAAUGCAAGCAACAUUUUCAGACAAACAUAUUUUUCAUUACUGUAUUCCUAUUACCAUUGUAAUUGGAAGGUGAAGAACCUAAUCAUCCUAAAUAGGUAAGCAAACAUCAAAAUAAAAUGGAAUGUCAACAUUUGUAGGCAAAAAUUGCACUUUUCUUCCCCCAACUGUGUCAAGUGGUUUGUUUUGUUGUCAUUUUUGCUGCUAAUUGCAAUUGAGUGAAAAUGUUUAUAUGCCACUGGACAUGCUUCUAAGGCCUUACAUUUCGCAAAAAUCCAUUUAAUGACAAAGGGCACACAAGCUUGUGAUCACGGCGCCGCUAUAAAUAGUUUGUCUGCGUUAGUGCUUAUAAUAACAAUAUCCGUAAUACUUAGUUAAUAUUCAAGUCAUGAAAUGUAAACUGAGUAUUGGUGCCGCUUUUUGGAUGUUUUUUUACGUUAAUUUACGAGUUAGUCCGCAUAAAAAAAUUUUUUUUUUAAAUAUAUCCUUCAUGUCUUGCCAUGACAAGAUAAUAUUCACAUUUCUUCCUUUCCGGGUCCUCACCCAAACACAAACUGAAUUUUAGCAGACAACCUUUACAGCUU